AUGUCAUCGAAGAAGUUCAUCUUCUUUUCUGACCAGCUGGUCACAUUCUGCGCCAACUUUGCAACUAUCGAUGUUACUGAGCAUACGUUGUCAAGUUUGAAAGUCGAUCUGGACGAUUUAGAUCGUCGUUGGCGCACUUUGACCCAAGUUUAUGAAAAUUCAAUGACCACUGAUCCAGGUCCAACUAAGGAGGAAAAGGAAUCUAUUCACUCAAAGUUUAACGAGUCGUGCAGGUCCUAUAAAGCAUGUAAGACUUCAAUGCUUGACUUGAUGGAUAUAGAACAAGGGAAAAUGGAUAGGUCAUCACGGCCAUCUGGGAUUAUUGAAACCGAAACUGAAACUGGGUAUUCCCUAAAAGUUCCUCCAUGUGAUACCGAACUAUUUAGCGGUGGUUAUGAUAAAUGGCCAAGCUUCAGAGAUAUGUUCACAGCCAUUUAUAUCAAACAUCCAAAACUGUCUCCUGCCCAGAAAUUGUUCCACUUAAGGUCGAAAACCCGGGGUGAAGCCAACCAAAUUGUUAAACAAUUUAGUUUAACCGAUAAUAAUUUUCAACUGGCUUGGGAAGCACUGCGACAGCGCUACGAGAAUAAGCGCAUUCUUAUCAACCACCAACUUAGGAAGAUAUUUGAGAGUGAUCGCGUUACAUCUGAGAAGGGGAAAGCUUUGCGGAAUUUGCAAUUUACGAUUAAUAACUGUCUUUCGGUUCUUAAAACUUAUAACAUAGCUGUUAUUUCAUGGGAUCCCAUAUUAGUUUAUUGGGUAUCUUCAAGGCUGCCUGAAGAAACUCUGACUGCUUGGGAAAACUCCCUAAAUGAUCAUAAGCAAAUGCCUACUUGGAACCAACUUGAUGAUUUUAUUUCAAAGCGACUCGAUAUGUUGGAAUCGAUAUCAGAUAUGAGGAAACCCUCAAACCAACAAACGACUCCACAAAGAACGAAUAAUUAUCACGCUAAAACUGAUCAGAAUUUUAGACCCUGUAAGGCCUGUGGGCAAAAUCAUUCCCUGCGCACUUGUCCAAAAUUCAAGUCUUGGCAUCUUGGUCAAAAACGAAAGUUUAUUGCUACAAACAAGAUAUGCGAAAACUGUUUGUCUUAUGGUCAUAAAUCUGAAAGUUGUAGAAGCGACAAACUUUGUCAAGAAUGUCAACGAUCUCACCACACUUUACUGCACCCUGAGUCUAAUCAUAGUACGAAUCCAAGUAAUCAGCAAACACAGGUUUCGGCAUACCAUGUUGACACGCAACAUGAAGACGUACCGUCUACUUCAGCUGAGGCUUAUUCUGGUCAAAUUUCGUAUGUUCAGUCGAAUUUUGCACAUUCUGGUCAUUGUACUAUUUUGCCAACCGCUUUAAUUGACUUGGAACACUUAGGAACCAAUUUCACUGUUCGAGUCUUUAUUGAUCAAGGGUCCCAAGAGUCAUUUAUCUCAAAUAGAAUUGUCAAUCGUUAUUCAAUACCCACUAAGAAAGCGUUUACGACGAUUUCUGGAUUGGGUGGCACUGUUUUAGAGAAUUCUUCGAAACUCUGCAAUAUAACGCUAAGAUCUAGGAAAUCUGAGUUCAAACUGAAGGCAACAGCGGUUGUAAUUUCCAACUUGAACCAUUUGAUGCCGUCUUCCACUACUACCAUAUCCAAUUGGUCUGAUUUGAGAAAUAUGGACUUAGCUGAUCCCAAUUUCUAUAAACCUGCACAAAUAGACAUGUUAUUGGGUAGUGACAUUCUCCCGUCUAUUUUGAAAUCUGGGGUGCAAAAGAAUAUAUCUGGUAACCUCUUGGCACAAGAAACUGAGUUUGGUUGGAUAUUAAGUGGCCCAUCUAGAACUGUAACUUCUUUCGCAUCUUUCGUUGCAUGCUCUAAUACACUCAAUGAACAAGUAAAGAAAUUUUGGGAACUUGAGGAGAUUCCAUCAUCAAAGAGUUUAUCGGAUGAUGAUGUUUGGUGCGAAAAUUUUUACAAGACUACUACUGUGCGCCGAUCUGACGGAAGAUAUUUGGUUAGAUUACCAUUUCACCACGACUUACCCCCCAGUAUAGCUCUCGGAUCGUCGAGACGAGCUGCUAUGGGUCAAUAUCUUCAUAUGGAGAAGACUUUAGAAAAAUCCCCUGAUCUGGCAAAGGAAUAUAAUAGCGUAUUAUCAGAAUACCUUGAACUCGACCAUAUGGAGCCCACUGUUUCCACAGAAAUUUGCCUGAGAUCGAAAUAUUUAUCCUUCUAUCUUCCACACCACGCUGUCGUUAAGCCUGAACGUACUACGACAAAAGUUAGAGUUGUAUUUAACGCCUCAAAGAAAACAUCAACUGGUUGUUCUUUGAAUGAUAUUCUGCACACUGGUCCUAUAUUACAAAACGAUUUAAUGAAUGUCAUUUUACGUUGGCGUUUCUUUAGAUAUGUUUUUAACGGUGACAUCCAAAAGAUGUACCGACAAAUAUAUGUACACCCAGAAGAUAGAGAGUUUCAACGAAUUUUAUUUCGAAACUCCUCAACUGGAAAAAUCACGGACUUUCGUCUCAAAACUGUUACCUUUGGAGUAAACUGUGCUCCAUACUUGGCAAUAAGGACCUUAGUGCAACUAAGCGAAGAUGGAAGGUCGAGUCAUCCUGUUGCAUCAUCAAUUUUGAAGCAUCAAAUAUAUGUUGAUGAUAUAUUGUCUGGUUCUCAUUCUUUAUCGGAAACAGAAUCCUAUUUAUUAGAACUCAUUGACUUACUAAAUUCUGCUGGAUUUCCACUAAAAAAGUUAACGGCAAAUCACCCCCAAAUUCUUAAACAAAUGCCCCCCGAGGAUCUUCUCAACGAAGAUUUCCUCAAGCUUGAGGAUACCAGUGAAACCAAAACUCUUGGCAUUCGAUGGAAUGCUAUGGCUGACAAUUUUUACUAUAGUGUUUCAAACAUUGAGUUCCCUGACAACCCACUUACUAAAAGGAAAAUAUUAUCUAUCGUUGCCAAAAUAUUUGAUCCCGCUGGAUGGUUAGCUCCCAUCGUGGUUGUAGCUAAAGUUCUUCUGCAGCAACUGUGGAUCGAUGGUACUGACUGGGAUGAAGAAGUCAAACCGCACUCGCUUGAAAAAUGGCAUUACUUCAUUUCAAACUUUUCUGAAAUUGAAUCUAUCAAGAUUCCCCGCUGGAUUCACUAUUCCCCUGAAAAACUGAUUCAAAUUCAUGGGUUCUGUGAUGCUUCUGAGAAAGCAUACUGCGCCUGCAUCUAUAUCUGUACUAUUUCGAAUGGAGAAAUUAGAACUUCUAACUUACUUGCUUCGAAAAGCAAAGUAGCACCGCUAAAAACUGUAAGCUUACCCAGACUUGAAUUAUGCGGCGCCACAUUACUGUCAAAACUGUUAAAGUCUAUCUGUCGAAAUAUGAACAUUUCCGUCACUGACAUUUAUCUUUGGUCUGACUCGACAAUUACCUUGGCGUGGUUGGACAAACCACCGUUUCAUUGGAAGACAUUUGUCGCUAAUAAGAUUUCUGAAAUAUUGGAUAAUGUUGGUAACGCAACAUGGAGGCACGUUCCAACAAAUGAGAAUCCUGCCGAUUUAGGAACUCGUGGAUGCACUGCUUCGGAACUUAAAGAUAAUUCUCUUUGGUGGAAUGGCCCAAAAUGGUUGUUAAAAUCAUCAGAGUUUUGGCCGAAACCAACUACAUUUAAAGAACCUGAUCUCGAACGGAAAGCGUCCACUUUUCACACCGAGACACAAACUGAUAAUAUACUGGAUCGGUUUUCUUCGUUCAAUCGAGCUUUACGUGUCAUCUGCUUCGUAUAUCGUUUUAUAAAUAAAUGCAAAAAACAAUCCAUUCCUGAAACUGAUUGUAUUACUAAAGACGAAAUAUCUAUCACUAAACUUAACCUUAUAAAAAUGGCUCAACGUAUGUAUUACCCUUCCGAAUAUAAAGCGCUUACGAAUAACUUACCUAUUAGUUCUAAAAGUCGACUUUUAACUUUGAACCCCAUUCUUGAUGAACACAAACUGUUACGAGUUCAUGGUCGUUUAGCCAAUUCUGAUUUAAGCUACAAUGAACGGCAUCCGAUAAUAUUACCAGAGAAAUCACGAGCACCAGAUUAUGCUGAGGGCAAUUCGACAGGAAUUUUAUAUAAUACGCUUAAAAAGCGCAGUUAA